CCUCCUGCUAACUUUCCAGCUUGUUGGUUGUCGAGUUUGACUUUUCUUCUAGGCAAGUUGCGGCUUCUAUAGAAGAGGAGUGAGAUCCAGAGAGAGGUGAUGGACGAGGACGCUUCUUCAGACACUUUGGGAGAGGUGCAAGCGGUCGCGGGAGUGGCGCAAGCGGCCGCGGGACGGGUGCAAGCGACCCCCGCCACGGCACACUUCAUCAAAGAUGUUCCUCCACGCGUCAACGCAGGAGCACCUGGUCACAACGUUCCCAAUGCCAACGUGGGAGAAUGGACCACCAGUCUUUGUGCUUGCUUCGGCGAUAUACCCAAUUGCUUUAUCACCUGUGUCUGCCCGUGCAUCACGUUCGGCCAGAACGCUGAGAUCAUAGACAGAGGAAACAUCACUUGUAUGCGUGCCGCGUCUUUUUGCUGCAUGGUAUGCAAUUUAUGUAUUUGUUCGUUCUGCUACACAUGCACUUACCGGACCAAGCUCCGCGGCUUCUUCUCGAUCCCUGGCAACCAGUGCGGAGAUUGUUUCGUGCACCUUUUGUGCCAGCCAUGCGCGCUUUGCCAAGAGUAUCGGGAGCUCAAGAACCGCGGGUUCGAUCCCUCUGUUGGAUGGGUUGCUAACCAGGAACGAAGGACUCGGCAGGUUGAAACCAUGGACCCUCCGUCAGUUCCCGGCAGCAUGAUUCGUUGAGGGAUCUCUCGGGCCAACCUUCCCUUUCAAAAGCGUAGGAAAACCUAGCCGAGCCAGUCAAGCGAUUGAGAGUACUUUGUGUGGCUUUUAUUUUAGUUUCGGGGCUCUGUUGUAAUUUCCAGAACUGGAAGUCG